AUGGAUUCUUUGUUCGGUACUGCGGGUGAUCGUCUCAGUCAUCCUAAAGAUAUUGAUAUCAUGCUUAAUGAAGGCGAAAUUGACGAUGAAAAUGACUUAAUUUUCACUCCAGCUUGCGAUAUUUUUGUUCGUGUUAAAUGGCAUCAUGAUUCAAAACUUCCUCAUGGUUAUGAUAAUGAAGGUGUAUGUUGCAUCAAUGGUUAUGAAAUGAAACAAAAAAUGUGUGUAGAUACACAAGAUGGUUCACUACUAUCACAGAUGCUGUCAAUUUUAUCUGUGAAACAAGAAGUACAUGUAGAAACAGUAGCCAUUCAACGAAAAACACUAUUUAAUAAACGUUGUUUAUCGGAAGAUUUUGGAAAACAGUUUGGUGAAGCAUUAGAUGCAGCGAUAUCAUCACGUUCACCUUCAAAAUCCCAUUUUCUUCACCUGUACAAUCGAUUUAAAAAUGAGAUUGAUAAACUAUUCCCUGAAAAUAAUAAUUUUGAAAAUGAAUCAGAGGGUAAAAAUAAAGUAUGGCCUUUGUUUUAUAUUGAAAUACCCUUUAUGUACUCUGCUCCAUGUUACGGUAUUCGAAUGAGAAGAGACUAUCGAGACCAAAUAUGUUCAUCGAUUGCUUUCUAUCAAAAAUAUAAACAUUUAGUUAAUGCAGAUCUAGCGAAACGAUUAUUUGAAAAGUUAUUAUACACGGCCUUCAGUUAUGAAAAUGAUAUUGUUCUCGGAUUAAAAUUGAACUUUGGCCCAAAAAUGUUCAACCCUUUUUAA